UUCUGUCUAAAGCAGAACUUGAGACAGCAACUCUACAUAAACUUGCUGUCAGGUCGGUCACGUGACCCAAAAACGCCGGGCGAGAGGAGACGCCGACAGCAGUCACAUCAUACCUGGAUAGAAUGACAGAUCAACAAGAACCGCCCCCGCAGGGACACUCCACGAGCCAUCAGCCCGGACAUGGAGGUCCGGGUCAUCCAGCACAUCAAGGACAUCCGGGUCACCAGGAACAUCCGGGACACGACAAAUACAGCAUCGACUCUGGUUCAACGGGUGGGUAUGUGCCACCCCCCACCCAACUACAGCCAUCGAUACAGACUGCAGUCUAUCGCCACAACAACAUCUCGUCCCUCCAUGGACGUCCGAGAUCUGAUGGAGGACGACAACGAUUUCAACUCUCACCUUGCCCUGUCUGUGUUCUCCACCGCGUGCUGUUGUCUCCCUAUUGGUAUCCUCGCCAUCUCAAAGUCCCAGGAUGCUAAACUACACUACAACCGAGGAGACCUGGAACUUGCUCACUAUGCAUCGAUGGAUGCUAAGAAGUACGCCUAUUGGGCGAUGGCAGUCGGGACAAUCGUGUUCGUCGUCAUCGCUAUGGCCGUCAUCAUCAUCCUCAGCUACCAUUUGUAACGUCGCCAUCGGCCUCAGCUACAAUCAGUUACGUCAUCAUCGUCGUCAGCUAUAAUCAGUUACGUCAUCAGUGUUGUCAGCUACUAUCUGUGACUUCACAUCAUUAUGCCUGUUCCUGUCUCUCUAAGCCCGUCGUCAACUUGCGCAAAUGGGGAGGCAGAGUUGACUUUUAUCACAUAAUGAGGCACAGAGUCAUCUUCACAUAAUCAACGCUCAGCUUGUACAUUUGACGUAGGUUUCUUCUGUCAACUGGCGGUGGGGUAGCCUCGCGGUUAAAGUGCUCGCUCGUCACGCAGAAGAGUCGGGUUCGAUUCCCCACAUGGGCAUAUUGUGUGAAGCCCAUUUCUGUCUGGUGUCCCCGCCGUGAUAUUGCCGGAAUAUUGCUAAAAGCGACGAAAAACCCAAUUCACUCACUCACUCUUCUCUAAUCUCGUGCUGAAAGAACCGGGACCUACUUUGGCUGUGAUGAAAGGUGCACACUUGUUGAUCCAUUUUUUGACAUUAUGAAUGACCGUGCACAGUUUCAUCCUCACCUGCAACCUGUAACGUCAACAAGUC